AUGGCUCCUUCAGCCCCCCGUAUCCUAAUCAUCGGCGCCGGCUCCCGCGGCACAGCCUAUGCCCGCGCAAUUCACCAGUCAACCAGCACCACUGGCAGCAUCGUCGCCGCCGUCGCCGAGCCCAUCGCCUUCAAGCGGCAAGAGCUCGGCGCGAAGUACAUCUGGGGCCCCUUAAACCGGCCACCUAAACCCGAAGAAGAAUUCACGGACUGGCGCCAGUUCCUCAAGUAUGAGGAAGUCCGGCGGAAGCGAGAGAGCGCUGGCGAGACUGUGGAGCCGGGUGUCGAUGCUGUGAUCGUGUGCGUGCUAGAUGAGAUGCAUGUGGAUGUUGUGGAGGGCCUUGCGCCGCUGAGGCUGCACGUGUUGUGUGAGAAGCCGCUGGCGACGAGGUUGGAGGACUGUGUCAAGAUGUAUAGGAGUUUGGCGCCGAAGCAGGGCAGGGCGGCGGCGGAGACGAUCUUUGGGAUAGCUCACGUGUUGAGGUACAGUCCGCAUAACAUGCUGCUGAGGGAGCUCUUGCUGGAUCGGAGAGUUGUGGGUGAUGUUGUCAGUGUGGAACAUACGGAGCCGGUGGGGUGGUGGCACUUCUCACAUAGCUAUGUUAGAGGCAACUGGCGGAAAGAGUCGAAAACCGCCCCAUCCCUGUUGACAAAGAGCUGUCACGAUAUUGAUUUCCUGCUUUGGUUGCUUUGCUCUUCGCCGACAAAUAGUCUGAGACCACCUCAUCUGCCUUCUUUCCUUACGUCUACCGGAUCACUCAAAUUCUUCAGGAGGUCCAGGAAACCGCCAGCUGCCGGUGAUGCAACGAACUGUCUCAGCUGUCCUAUAGAAAAGGACUGCAUGUACAGUGCCAAAAAGAUCUACCUUAAGAGACAUCUGGCCAAAGGGGAUACCGGCUGGCCUGUCAAGAUAGUAAAUCCUGAGAUAGAAGACUUGUACCGUACCUCAGGCAUAGAAGCAGCAGCGGACGAGCUUCUCCGCAACCUCGCCGAAGACUACGCCCCGGAUGCGACUGUGGAAGAAGUAGAGAGCCGACCGUGGUUCGGCCGCUGCGUCUGGGAAUCCGACAAUGACGUCGUGGACGACCAAUGCGUGACAAUCACCUGGGAAGAUGACCCCCUGCCCGCCAGCAUUAACGGCGACGGUCAGAGCAACGGAGACUCUGGGCAUGCGCUACAGGGUCAUACGGCUAAGACAGCCACCUUUCACAUGAUCGCUUUCACCGAAGCAAUCUGCGAGCGUCGGGGUCGCAUCUACGGUACUAAGGGUGAGAUUACAUACGAUAGCAAAACCAUCUCCGUCCACGACUUUGCGUCAGGCGAGACCAAGGUGUAUCAUCCGCACCUAGCGGGCGGUGGCCAUGGAGGCGGAGAUGAUGGACUGGCAAGGCAGUUUGUGCUUGCGGUUGACGCAGUGAAGAGCGGAAACAUGGGCGCGGAGGAGGCCCAACGAGUGUUCCUUGGGUGCAGCCUUGAGGAGGUGGUGAGGAGCCACGCAAUGGUCUUCGCAGCGGAAGAGGCAAGGAGGGAGAGGAAAGUUGUAGACUGGGCAGAGUGGUGGGAGCGGGAGGUCAAAGGCCGUCUUCAGCAGACGAAAUGA